CGCUGCGGAAACACAACAAAGCUCCUCCUGAGAACUUUCAGGAACAUGGGCGGAGAAGAUUGAAUAAGGAGAGGAAAAACACAAACUGAGGAACAGGACAACCGAUGAAUAAGAGAAAAGCUUAAAUUUCAGAGUAACCAUAGAAACCCACGCUGGGGGUUGAAUGGUUACCCAAAAGAGGAGGUAGACUAUACGCUGGUUUUACCUGAAGGACCAUUUAACAGAACACACUAAUUACAAAUCUCACCUGUAACCUGACCUGUUUCUCUGUCCCAAUGUGUUGUUUACUGUGAACAAUUCACAUUGCCAUGGUAACAGGAAGAGGGGUCCCAAUGGAUGACGGCUGGGUGAAAGCACAUUACACACCUGAACGCUCACAGAUCACUCACCUGAUCAGCUCUCCACAACACGCAAGGAGUCGUUCACUGACAGACGGCACUUCAGCUUUUUAUCAUUUCUAUAAACUCAUAAACAGUGAAGAAAGUGCGUGUGUGUGUGUGUGUGCAGGACACAGCUCCAAACAUGAUCACAGCGUUAGGAUGACAUGUUAGAAGCUCAGGAGGUCUCUCUCACAGCCCUCAGGUUGUUUGCAGUGUUGGUGUGUGUGUGCUGUGUCGAGGAGUGUGUGUGCUUCCCUAACGGCUCAGUGGCGUUCUCCUGUGGCAGCUUGAUGCCGGUACACCCACCCUUCACCCCCUCCACUAGCAGCCCCCCCUUCAUGGUGUCCACCUCCAGCACCACCUACAGGCCUGGAGGAGUCAUCACAGUGAUGUUGGAAGUGGAGACAAGCAGCUCCACAGAGUUUCAGGGUUUCAUGUUACAGGCCAGGAGCAGGGGCGGAAACGCCGAGCUGUGGCCUGUGGGGAAGUUCACCAACAUCGACCCCUCCCUGUUCACGGCUCUGCACUGUCAGGAUCAGCAGAACUCGACUGUCAGUCAGGCAACAGGAACGAAGAAGAUAAAGGUGGCGGUGACUUGGGAAGCUCCUAAUAACUACGGAGAUAUCUACUUCAGUGCGACUGUGGUCCAGGACUACAAAACAUUCUGGGUUGGGCUGAACAGCAGCCUUCUGAGACGGGACAGCAGCUCUGCAGCGGGACGAGUCUUUUCCCCCUCAUUUCUGCUCUUCAUCAGUCUGCUGAGUCUGCCUGUUUACUGCUAAUUACACACAAAUACACACAUACUUACGCAUGCACCCACACACAUUUAUGAUUUAAAAUGCUUUUUGAUCAAACUUAACUUCUGUCUGUUUGUAACUGGACGACAUAGGCAGACGAUUUCUCAGGUUGAUUCAAAUGAAAGGGAAGCUGUUGCUGUCUGCACCUCACAUCAGUGCAAGUGUCAAAGCAAAAACAGGCUGCGACAACCAACUACAACCUGCUAUUUAUAACAAACUUCAACCUGCUAUAAUCAACUACAACCUGCUAUUUAUAACAAACUUCAACCUGCUAUAAUCAACUACAACCUGCUAUAACCUGCAUAGGUGAGGUCAAUGUUUGAUCUUUUGAAGGAACCCAUUUGUUUUUCUCAGACUUUCUUCGUGUUUUCAAAUAAUCAAAAGCGUCAGCAAGCAUCAUGGUCCAUAAAAAGCUCCGUUCAGACAGCCGGAGUGUGAGGAUUGUUGCUCCAUACAGGUUUUUUUAAGAUUUAUUUUGGGACUUUUUAUGCCUUUAUUUUAGAGAUAGGACAGUGGACUGAGAGAGUAAGGAAUGACAUGUGGAGGUCACAGGUCAGAUUCAAAGAUGGGCUAGCUACCCAGAGGACCACAGCCUCCGUACAUGGGGUGCGUGCACCAACCACUAGGACACCAGCUCCACAUGGGCACCACACUCUUUUUUGCCUUUAUUGGAUGUCUGAAGAAAUUUGAAGAAAGACAGAAAAUGUUGGGAGGAAAGAGGGGGGGAUACAUGCAGCAAAGGUCGGAGGUCAUAGGCUAUACAGCGCCCUUCAUAUUUUCUCUUUAAUAUAAACUUAGAAGCAAAUAUUUGGCAUUUUAAAGUUUAAUAAAGUCAUGUCUUUAAGAUUGACAUUGUGUUCGAUCAUCACAUAGAAAAUGGACAGGUUGUUUUGUCCUUCCUGAAGGUGGCGCUGUUUGUAUAUCAGCCUGUCUGAGUUCACAGGAAGGUUUGUCUGUCUCAGACUUUGCAGGUCAUCACUGCUUUAUGGACAUUUGUCCCGUUGUAGCUGUUCCUGUGUGAAGGAAUGAUUGGAUGUUCAUUGUUGUAAUGUUUUCUUUCUUCUGAAACCACAACAGGAUGUUGUUAUGAGCGGAGGUUUGGUUAAGUCGAGAACUGUGAAGUUUUCUCAUGUGUGAUGCAUGAACAUGACUGAAAAAAACUGAAGUUAAGAACUUUAAAAUGCUAAAAAUGCAUUAUUUUAAAAUGAGAAGGAAAAUAUGGAAGAUAGCUGAGAAUGUCAUGUUUGUCCAGCUCAGUUAAUUUCAUAUCCAUAACCCAUAAAAUUCAAACAAUAAUCAUGUAGAAUAAUAAUGGAGAGCUUUUAUUUCUAGGGUGACUCUUCAUGUACUGAUUGUCAGCUGUGUGUUCAUUAAAUCAUUAAAUACCAACUUCAUGACUUUUGAAUGAUGUACCUGACAAAAAGCUGAUUUACUAUCUCUGAUCAUUGUUUAGUCACGAUAGAAAACUUCAGCUUCAUGUUUCAGCUCGAUAUAGAAAUGUAAAUGUAAAAGACUCUAUAAUAAAAAUCAAUGCAGCUACUGCA